GGUCUCACUUGUCAGUUGUCUACGUGAAGUUGAACGAUAAAAUUGGAAGAAAAAGUCAAGAUGAAGCGAGCUCGUCGUCCAAAUACAGGCAACAAUAAAUCCUUUGUCUCCGGCGGAAUUUACAAUCCCAAUGCCACCGCCAAGCCUUUGAUCCAACCGCCGUUGCAGGGCAAUAAUGUCCAGGAGUAUCAGGCUCCUCCGGUGGCUGCUUCUCUGCCACCGGCUCCUGCCCCAGUUGCCGUUCCAGUGGCGGUCUCGCCUGCCAAUUCAAAGCAAUUGGAUGCGGCUUCCACGUCCGGGAAGCUGCCCAUGCCCAUUAUCGUCAAGGAGGAGCCGACGGAGCUUGUUAAUGAGGAACCGGAUACCGCAGGGGAGCUCUCCAUCGACCUCAGCGAGGAGAAUGGCAGCGGCACCAGCACCGGCAUCGGCGGCAAGAUCCCCUUUAAGAAGAUCUUCCAGAAGCGCAAGAAGUCGUCUGAACGCACUCGGGACAAGAAGCUGCGACAGAACCGCCAGCUGCGUAAGUCCAUGCUGCCGAAGAACGCCUUGAUGGCCCUCAACGAGGUGAAGGGCGUGACUAUAAGCGAUUUCACCAUCGACAGCAAUCCAGACGGAGGAUUCACCGCCGUCGUCACGGUGAACUCCAAUCAGUACGAGGGCAAGGGUCUCUCCAAGAUGUCCGCCAAGAAUGCGGCCUGUGAGAAGGCCUGGCGCGACUUCAUCAUUGCAAAAAUGACCCCUAAGCCGUCCAGGCUGCAGCCAAGUAACAAUGAAAACAGCUCUGAAGAGCCGAUGGAAACCAACGAGGAUGAGCCUGACGCACCGGAGGAUGAUCUGCCAAUGCUAAAUCUGGCAUCGUUUGCCAUCUAUAAGCUGUUUGCAGAGUGGGAGCGAGAGGGCUAUGUUGUGCCCGAGAUGCAUCCGUCGGCAAAUACUGCUCAACCGGGCGGAGGCGAAGCCGCACCGCCAGUUCCAGCGGUGCCGAAGGAGCCCAAGAAGCCGCCAGUGCGCACCGAGUUGCCCUCCGGUUGGGAGACCAUGCACCCAGCCACUAUUCUCUGCAUUAUGCGUCCGGGGCUCAUUUACGUGGACUAUGGAUCCUCUGGCGAAAAGCCCAAUGUGAUGCAAGACUUGGGAAUCGUGGUGGACAACCAGGAGUUCUCCGCCAGCGGAAGAUCGAAGAAGAUUGCACGACGCAACGUUGCUGUGGAAGUGUGCAACACUCUUUUCGGAACGAACUUUGCGUUAAGUGACACUUAAGCUUAAGACAUUUUUAAAACGCACCCAUACCAUGCUUAACGGCAACAUCUCUAAACACUGCGGCCGUAAAGUCAAAUGCGCAAAAAUUUAUAGAACUUAUUCUAUACGACUAAAAUAGCAGGUUCCAGCAUUCCCCUUUCAAUUUAUAUUAGCUUGAAAUGAGGCCAUUUUUGAUUAUGUAAUUAACAUUUUGUUUAGCGGGAGAUUAAAAAAAGAAGGAUUAAUUAAACUAUUUUAUACGAACAAAAUAUCAGCAGAAAGGCAAAUACCAUAUUUUUAAGGCUAAUUUGGAAACGCUGUUCAGUUUCAUUUAUGUCGACAGAGUCAAACUUUGAACACUAGUGUUAUUUAUAAAUAAACCUUUAAUCCAACGAUUAGAAACGUACAUUUCUUAAAUCCUUUUUGACUUCAACUAGAUUUAGAAACAUUUUGCACAUAUUUUAAAUUAGUAUUGGGUAUAAUUACCCCUAAGUAAGAACUUUUCAACAAAGCCGUUAAGUAAGGGUAUGUAUAGGUGCAAUAUUAAAGACAUUAAUAAAAGUAUUAAAAGAAUAAACCAA